AAGAUAACCUUGAUCGAAUCAAAGCACUAAACGCGAACGGAGAAUUUAUACCGUCGAGAUCGUGGAUUUACAGUGUAUGUACGUCCCGAGGGAUGACUUUGAAAAGAGCAAUUUGCGGGACGGGACCAAAUCAGGAUUUCUAGUACUGUUAGGGAGAAACUCAGUCGCGGCGUGAUUUGCGUGUAUGCGGUAAUCGUACAAUUGCAAAGCAUAGUGAGAAAAAUUUAUACAUCUUGCUCUAAAAUAGUUGAAGAAAGAAGCUCGUUGUCCUCUUGGAAAGAUGGGAACUAUUGGGAAGAUGGCUUAUAAAUUCGAAGCAAUUCUUCGCAGUUUCAAAGUUGUUGCUUGGCCUUGGGUAUUUCACCUUUCGCGUAAGUUGUCGUACGGAAAGAAAAGACAAGAACUAAAGCUAUGAAGCGUGCUUGCCAGACAGCAUCUAAGUUGAUUCGACGAUGCUGAAGUGCUUAUUCGGGGUCUUCAUGAAAAGGCCCGCUUUCCUUUCGCUCCUCGUUUAGAAAAGCAGUUUAUGUGUUUACUGUUUUCCAGCCGCUUGCGCCGGUCAACACUGGAUUUAAAUGGCUAGUUUUGAUCCCAAUUUAGGAUACGAUUUUUGAUGGAUUGUUGGCCGGUGGAGCUCGAAUCAUAACUGUUAUCGAAAACACAUCAAGGAGGAAAAAAUUGAGAACGGUGUUUUAUCGUCUUUUCGCGAGCGUGAAAAAAUGUUCAGACUACCCAUGAGAAGUCGAACCUCAGACAUACACAUCUCGCUUCGAUGCUCCAUCGCUGAGCCACAGAGACCCUUUAUGGGGAGAAGGAAUGCAGACCGCCUUCUUGGUCAGUUUUCUUUGUAAGGGAAAAACCAACUACACUGUACAGCAGCUUGCAACCACUUCAAUGCAUUGGCUAGUUUGAUUUACCAUCUCUGCACUGGCCAGUAAUCGAACGGAGCAGGUUGUUGAUUUCACGCAGUACAUGGCACGAAUCCAGCGAUGGUUUGCGCUGAUUUUAUCAAAUCGUGUUCGAUGCUUGAGUUUUUCUCGUAAGUCCAAAUGAUAAAAUAAAUAAAGUUCAGAAACUUAGCCAAACCUUUUUAAUACAGAGCAUAGUUAACCCUCGAUUAACUAUGUGCAGAGUCAAUACACAACAGGUUCUGUCGAGGCGACUUGACCAAUAAAACAGCACUGCAGUUCAGUGGGAUACAAUGGUUGAUAGUUGAUAAUAAAAUGGAAGCAAAACGCGAUUACUGAAGUCUUCUGAAGAUACAUGAUCAUCCAAAGCUUAUUAGGAGUUUCUUUCUAUCUUUAACAACACAACCGAGGAUCGUUUCUGAAUAAGCCAGAAGAUUGCCUGUCAGAGGCGGAAGCACACGGUAUACCGCUGUAUCGUGGCGACUUUUAAAGAGUAUACACGAGAAGGCUCGACUGGGAAAACCCCGCGCGCGCGCGAACUUGUCAAAGCGCUGAAACUAAACAACAUGGUCUCCAAAGGCUCUUUUAGACCUUCCACUUGAAAAUAUGAUGUAUAUCAGUCUCUACACGGAAUGGACGCACACGGUAUCGAAGAAAAGAAAAUGAAAGGGUUUAUUGCUCUCUGGGCUACUAAUAAUAUCGUGUGCUCUUCACUCUUCAUAUGCAAUCUACGAAUCUCGCUUGGGUCCUAAAUUCUUGAUCAUUCGCUUUUUAACUAAUUUCACAAGUUCUUCCCCGACGAAAUGCAACUCUUUCAGCAGUUUUUACUUUUUGACUCAUUUUUGUGCAUGGGCAUUUAGCACAGUGAACGAUGAAGUCUCCAAACCACCGCAAGAUGAAAGUGCGUUGAGAACCGGACGUUUGGGGAAUACCCAAGAGGCCUGGUCGCUCAAUCGGCUGGCGUGUUGCAGAUUUCUCUCCCUAUAGAACGUCGGCUCAGAAUUUUUUCGAUUUUGAUCUGACUUUUCUUUACAUUCUGACGGCAUGAUUCAGCGCAAAGGGUGGUAAAAUGCAGAAUCGACGCCAGUUUUGUUAAAAACUAUUUGUUUAUUCUGUUUGGACCCAUAAUUGUCUGCGGUCGCAGCAGCACGUGUGAGACGCAUACUCAUGCGCACAAAAAGGGAACAUGGCGCGAAUGAAAUAUCCUGGAACUAACAAGGCCCGAUGUGCUCCCAAGAAAAAGAAGAAUUUUACCAUGUCCGGACGGAUUAAACAGGAGCAGUUCGGCGAAAAGCUUAAGAGUUCAUUCAAGAAGCCAGUUUGUAUAAGCCUUCGAAAAUACCGGGAAAUCUUCGGAGAUUCCGAUGAAGAGGAAGAAGAAUUUUAUGGCUUUCGCGCAGAGGAUUUGGGUCUGAAAGCGUAUCGCUCUUUCUCUGUCAAAGAUUAUCUGGAUGGCAACGAAAGAAUAAGUUAUCGCAAAGAUGGCGCCAGAGACCGACUAUCAAGACAUUUAAGUGGUAAUGUGCCUAAAAUACUCAAAGCUGAAUCCCCUCAGCAUAAAAGCAACGCGAACGAAGCAGAGAAUAAACCUCCCGCCGCAUCACCGAGCCAAAAUGUUUACGCGAAGCUGUACAAAAAGAGAGAUUCGUACGAAAGAAGAUUCGCGCGACCUGCCCAAGAAUUCGAUAAGGCUUAUCUGUCAGCGAACGUGAAAUCGACAACAAAAGUCAAGGCGAAUUUUGUACCGCGGGUCCAGAAAACUUUAGUGAGUGAAGGAAUCAAUCACCACUCAUCGCCAAACCUACAUGAGAGCAAUUUAGCUCGUUUCCACAUGAAGAAAAAGGCUGUGCCUCUGGCGAGACAAUUGCUUGCAAAAGCGAAGGAGGGACAGAGAAUUCGGAAGCAGAGAAAGUUUGAUGCAGUAAACAAAGAGGGCCAACCAGUGCGAUCGCGGUCUGGCCGUGUAGUGAAGAGUAAAAAGUUAGACUACGACGAUGUCACAUCGCCGAAAUUUAAAGUCAGGAGAGAUGAAGGGAGUAUGACUGGAUCAUCAAACUAUGUCAAUCGAGUUGCUCGAAAAAGGCGCUCGGAAGAUGGCGAAGUUCCUCCGAACAAAGCUUUUCGAACUGCGAAGGUGAAAUUGGAAAAGGUGGAGUUACCAGGCGAUCAACGAGUCUACGUGAAUAAUCCAGCUUCACCCACAGGAUUUGAAAUCCAACCAUUGAGCUCUACUGGUGUACAGAGCUCUAGAUUUAGAUUCAAAGAUGUGCCAUCUCAAGAAUCCUUGCCAAAUAAUGUGCCACAGAGUUCUUCUUACUGCAAGAAAGUUCGUAUAAAAAAUGCGACCAGGAUAAAAAAUGGAAGAAAUGAGAGGAAUCAUAAUCAACCUGCUAAAUUCACAAAUCAUGGAAUACAGAGAGUGAAAAAUAGUAGAACUUCUAAUUUGUUGCAGAAUUUGAAAUUGCACAGACCUGCCAAGGGCCACUUGAUUGAUAAAGAAAUCUGUGGGAAGAGAUCAGAAAGAAUCAAAACAAAGAAACAGAAUGACGAACUCCCUUCACUUAAAAGCAGAGAGGAAGAGAUGGAUGAUCAGGCCAGCAAUGCAUCUUCACUUUCAGAGGUUUCAACCACAAACAGUGAUGUUAUAAGUAGAAAAACACCCAGUUCAGCUAACAAACAUUUGUUUAAAUCCAAACGAUUGCAAGAAUUGCAGGAAAAAAUUGAAAGUGGGACAAAAGAAGAUGUGUACAUGGUAGAGGAGACUGCAUGUAAUGCAGCAGAAAUGCAGAGACAUUCAAAAGAAGAAAAUGAAGUUGGUGUAGAGCCCGAUACAGAAAGAAAAAGUAGGCCAAGAUCAAGACAGUCGAGUCAAGAAGGAGGCAGAUGUUUUGCGGAUGAGAGGCCAGCUUCUGAAAAACCAGUUCUAGGGAAGCAAAAACGAGCAUGUGCAAAAAAAACACAAUUAUCAAGGCUGCAAGCCUUGAGGAAUGAUGGUGAAUUACCCAGCUCAAGUGAUGAUGAGGAAAGUAGCAAGCCGCUUUCACAAGUCAAAAAAGAGCUCAAGAAAGGGCAGCUAGAGAAAAAACAGGAACCUACUGAAAGAGUAGUAAAGAAAGUUAUCAAAGUUGUUAAGAAAAUAAGAACAAAGAGUGGAGAAACAAAAACAAAGGUUGUGAAAAUUAUCAAGAAAAUUGGUGUCAGGAAAAAAGAGGACACUGACGUUUCGUUGGUUCCAGGAAGAAGGCGGAUUCGCUGUGGUCAAUGCAAAGGAUGCAAAGUCUUAGAUGAUUGUGGUGUAUGUCGCUGGUGCAUAGACAAGCCAAAGUUUGGGGGACCAGGUACCAGUAAACAGUCGUGUGUAGAACGCAAGUGCAUCAAUCCUCAACCUCCAAAGCCAAAAGGUGCACCUUCCAGGAAACUUGUCAAAGAUUCUAAUGCAACAGUGAAAAAGAAGCCACCCACGAAGAAUGAGCUUAAAGUAAAGGGCUCUAAGAAAGGUCAAAACCAGGCGUCAUCCUCAACUACAAAGAAGCCUGUGGCAUCAGUUAAACCACCACCCUGUGGGAAGAGACAAGCUGUAGUGGCUGAUAUUCCUUUGGUCAAACUACCUUGGAGUGACAACAGCACAGAAGAAGAAAUAUGGAAGGAAGGCUUUGCAAUUUGUUUUACAGCUGGUGUGCCAACUGUUGUAAAAGAACUGUGUUUUCUCUGUGGUAGCAAGGGCAGUGAAAAGAUGUUCUAUUGUAGAGUUUGUUCUGAGCCUUUCCAUGGAUUCUGUCUUGAUGAAGAACCAUUAGAUGAGACAACAUGGUGCUGUGACAACUGCAGCAGUUGUAGUGUUUGUGGAUAUCAAGAUAAGCUUCUGAUGUGUGACCGUUGUCAGCGUGGCUAUCAUGUUGAAUGUUUGGGUCCAUUUUAUCCCACAGAGCCAGAGGGAGAUGAUGAUGUUUGGGUGUGUGGUCGAUGUGUACAGUGCAAAAAUUGUGGGAGAAGAACUGCUGGAGAUAAUCCUGAAGCUGUGUGGAUGCUUGAAUUCACGCAUUGUCAAGAAUGUGGCAAGCAAAGGCAACAGAACAACUUUUGUCCUCUCUGUGAUAAAUGCUACUCUGAUGACGACUUUGAAUCUAAAAUGGUUCACUGUGUUAAAUGUGAUCACUGGGUGCAUGCAGAGUGUCAAGGAAUCACAGUUGAUCAGUACGAGUGUCUGACAGACCUACCAGAGGAUGUGCAGUUUGUUUGUAGGCGCUGUUGAGAAGAUCAGGUCUCCUCUCCAUGGUACAAAGAACUGAUGGAGGAAAUGGAGGCAGGAUAUGAGAGGAUAGUGGAGGAAAUCAAAUCUUGCAAGGCCUAUGAACCGCUCAAGUCUCAUUUUGAACAGCUUGAAGCAGAUAAUGGACACCCAAAGGACUUUGAAGUUAUUUCAGCAAAAGUGAAAGAUAGGAAGUACACUAGUGUGGAAAUGUUUUGUGAUGACAUAACUAAAGUUUUGGAAAGGAUAUAUAGACCUGUAGAAACAGACUCUGUUUUGACUAAACAUUGGUCUUCACUAUACUAUACUUUUUGCAAGUGGAAUAGUUGGACCUACUAUUCCUUACGAAGUCUGGGAUCACUCAUACGUUUCCGUUAAAAGCAGUCAAGAAAAAUUUGAUUCUACACGAGAUGGAAAAUCUCAGCCUUCUUCUUCAAAGGCUCUUCAGAUGAACUCACUAGAGAACGAAAAUGGUGAAGUUCAGGAGAUGGAAACAGAUGUGGAACGCGUUCUGCAGGAAGAAAAAGUCGCCAACGAGGAGCCAAUGGAAACUGAUUAUAGUACUGAGGAACAGCAACAACUAAAACAACUCCAGCAACAGAAACAAGAACAACAACCACAGCAAGAAUCUAACGUGGAGGAUACCAGAAAGUGUCUUCUGUGUGGUUUGUUGCGAGAUGCUGAACCUACUGAGGCAGGCCGGCUACUCACAUGUGGUCUGGAUGAGUGGGUGCACGUCAAUUGUGGUCUGUGGUCAGCGGAAGUAUUUGAAGAUGAUGAGGGUCGCUUACAAAAUGUUCAAGUGGCGAUAUCACGUGGAAAACAAAUGAAAUGUGAACAUUGCGGUGAGGUAGGAGCCACAGUAGGCUGUUGUGAACCUCGCUGUCCAAUGAAUUAUCAUUUUAUGUGCGCAAGAAAUGCUAAAGCAGAGUUCCAAGACGACAAGAAGGUGUACUGUGCGCAACAUUCCUUCCGGACCAAAAAGGAGUUAGUGAUGGUAAAUGACGACUUCUGUGUGGAACGACGAGUUUGUGUGGACAUGGGCAAAAUCCGAGCCACAAAGAAAUCGUCAAGAGGAUUUGAACCGCACAGCAUCAACCUUGUACAAGGUUCUCUUACUCUGGAAAACAUGGGUAAGCUGAAUGAACAUUCCGACACCGAACAAACGUUGUAUCCAAUUAAUUUCAGAAUUAGGCGGUUGUACUGGAGCGUUAACGAUCCAACUAAAAGAUGCCGUUAUUACUGCACAAUGAAAGAGAAAAAAAUCGAAUCAACGCAAAGAAUACAACAAGAAGCCAUCAAGGACUCGAUAGAUCAGGAACACUUACACAAAGUUAUAUCUCACGAAGAAGUCAACAAAAAAGACAAAGUGCCAAAAAUCAUGUCUACAGCUCACGGAGAUUUCAAAAACUCUGCACAACCUCGACAGAGUAACAGAGCAACCGACUACUUAAAUAGUUCUUAUGGAAAGAAACUGAAAAGGAUAGCGCCCCAUCCAGGCCCCGGUAUUGUAAAUCACUCUAUUUUUCCAGGAGUUCUGUUGAAUGAUACUACACACUUGUCGAAGUUGAGAAGAAUUCUACCAGCUCCUCAAAAACCUUUGCCUGCCUCGCCUACGAAUUCUCCGAGGAAACUCAUCGAACAUAUAAAUCGACAAACUAGCCAUUUACCGUCAAUUCUUAAUCCUGUUCGUGUGGAAAAAUCGCCUUCACCUGUCGCGGCAAGCGCUCCUGCGCAGAAAGCCGUACCUCAGAGAAGUAGGAAAACACCGCCGGCCGUGAAAAGGACGAUGAAUUUUGAGGAGUCGAUUCCUCAAACUGUCAGGCAGUUAAACUGCGAUCACGAAGUAGUAGCAAAAGCAGGAGAUGAAGAGCUGUUAAAUUCGCCCAUUAAAGAAAUAUCUCCCAAGUCUUGGUUAGUGAAGCUUCGAGAAAGGGAAAGUGCUGCGCAAUCCGAGAAGCCAAAUGUGUCUUUUGAAAUCACAAGUGAUGAAGGAGUUAGGGUGGAGGCCAAUACAUGUGAAGCUGCUUGGAAGCAAGUCUUUGAAAAGGUUCAGGAAGCCAGGAUAGAUCGUCACAUGAAGCUGGUUCCAUUUGCAGGUGUGAAUGGCAAAGCAAUGUUUGGUGUUCGUCAGGAAUCUGUUGUGUCCAUGUUGGAGCAGAUGCCUGGAGCCCAUCAACUGAAGCAGUACUCCUUCAAAUACAACCCGCCAUUUGACAAUAGCAGCUUGGAGGAAACACAGGCUUUAAAAGAGAAUCCUCACGGCUGUGCAAGAGCUGAAGUGUUCCACAGAAACAAAAAGUACGAUAUGUUCGCGUUCCUGGCGUCAACUCACCGCGUCCCUCCACAACUGGAAGAAAGCGCUGAGGAACAGGAGAGCGCUGAACAGGCGCGCGAUGGACCUCUUUCCGUGAGGCGUCCAACGUGCUUGGAUCUACCAAUGGCCAUGAGAUACCGCCACCUUAAACAGUGUUCCUUUAACAAAGACGCUGUAGCUGUAUACAGGUCCCCAAUUCAUGGUCGUGGCUUAUUCUGCACUCGUAAUAUCGCCGCUGGUGAGAUGGUGAUCGAGUAUUCUGGAAUGCUGGUUCGUUCUGUUCUAACUGACAAGCGAGAGAAGUACUACGAAAGCAAGGGUAUCGGGUGCUACAUGUUCCGUGUCGACGGCACAUAUGUCGUUGACGCCACAAUGUGCGGAAACGCAGCUCGUUUCAUUAAUCAUUCUUGCGAGUCAAACUGUUUUUCUCGAGUCAUUACUGUGGAUGGUCAAAAGAAAAUUAUUAUCUUUGCUUCCAAAAGUAUAUCAAGAGGAGAAGAGCUCACUUACGACUACAAGUUUCCUAUCGAAGACGAGAAGUUACCUUGUUUGUGUCACUCAAAACAUUGUCGCAAAUACCUCAAUUAACUCUCCUCAAACUUUCCAAAGAGAGAUCUUUUUUGUCAAAUUGAAUUUUAUUUAUGAACCAAAUGUACAAAAAUAAGAUGUAAAAUAUUUGUCUUCGCUCUGUAAAAGCUUAUUUACAGCGUCCCUGCACUUUAUUAUGAUAUUGACUAUAUAUUUGAAGAGCUUUUUUUCUCUCUAACUGAUACAUGAUGAGUGCAUCAUGUCUGCAAUGGAUUUGUAAUAAUUUGAACGCAAUAAUAUAUGACAAAUCUGAGAGAAAUGCUUUUCUUCGGUGUAACAUUAUUGAUAUUUACAGAAAUAAAUUUUUAAGUGAGAUGGCUCGA